AUGUCUAUCCCUGUGGAAGUUUCGGAAGAAUUCGACCCUUCCAUUCCGGCUAUCCUUCCGCAUGAUAAAGUCUACUUGAUUCAAGUUGGUUACAAACUUUUCAAAUUGAGUGGAGCUUCAUUACUGUCAGAUGCGCCUUCUUACUUCACCACCUACUUCUUGCAAGAGGAAAACAAAGAUUCUGUAUUAUUUAUUGACAGAAGCCCGACAGUGUUUGAAAAGAUCUACAAUCACUUACAAGGUUAUCACAUCAACAUAGAAAACGAUUAUGAAUUCGUUUACCUAUUACAGGAUAGUUACUACUUUUGUCUCAAGAGACUUCAACGACUGCUUAAGCACGACAACAUUUUCGCUAAUAUCGGUGGAAAAUCUUUCAAAAUUCCAAAAUCUUUAUUUGUACAAUCAGGGAACUAUCCUAAUUUUUUCCUGGUACAUUAUGAGAGCCUAUUCGUUGACAAUCGGCGGUUGAUCCUUGCUAAAAACACAAUUAGACCACCACCUCAAAUGCCACCCAGUGUUCCCAAUCGGUCCGCUGAGCUCUUUUCUGAUUUGUUGGAAAUCCUCCGCGGGAAUACAGUUAGCAUAAGGAAUGACGAGCAUCGUGCUCUUUUGAUAAAAGAAUGCAGAUACUAUCGUUUUGUGGAGUUGGAGCAACGGAUUCUCAAACAUCACAUCUUAUUCAAUCCCAUCACCAAAGAAACUGAAAUUAUCAUGAACUUGAGAGAUUUACAAAGUCGUGGAAUAGUGAACAGAUCAAGAGACAUCAAGACGGAGCUUCAGGUCCAAUAUUGCCGUCCGCAUAUCAGAAAGGAACCCUUGCGGAAUCUAAUUAUCCAAAUAGAUUCUACACCUGAUUCUGAGGUCAAACUCAUAUUGAAUAAGCACACGAAUGUUCCGCUCCUAAUAUGCACCAAUUCAGUUGCGCAUUCGUUUGUUCACGUCUUUAGAAACGUAGCCCUUAAGUUCACUAGCGAUCUUGAAAACAAUACUUUGGGACUACUUUGUGGACUAUCGAAGGCAAAGGUCGUAAUAAAUGAUCAGGAGUUGAAAGAGGAUUGGUUUGCGGACUUUUUUGAGUCUACUGAUAAGCCAGAUGCAAAAAGAAAAAAAUCAAAUGAGAAUCGGUGCCAAGGCGAUUUCGUCGAGUUCCGGCUUAUAAGAUCGCUAUGGCGUGUUCUCAUAAGGGGUGAUCUUGGCAGGUUACACGCUGUUUCUAUAGAAGGGCUGACCGAUCAGGUAUUCUUGAACAAGAGUAUUGAUUUCAUUUGA